AUGGAGAUGUCUCCAAACAAAGGUUCCUCUCCCUUGUUGCUAUGGGUAUUGUGGUUGCUAGUCUUCAAGACCAACAUCAUUCAGACAACGGAUUCUGCCCCCACAUCUGAAACGUCUCUGCUGAUCAAUACCACCUUGUUGUUUGAAGGUGGAGCCCCAGGCUACAACCUGCAGAACUGUAGCUGCUCCACAGCUGUACAGGAGUGCAUGAGACUCUUGCCGACCGGCUUAUGCCACACUGUCUUGCACUCUGCUUUGACCCUUUCUGGGCUCGGAGAUCCUGGACGACUUAUCGUCUGGGUAAAGGAUCUCUGGGUUCUGGAUGAGCUGCUGAACAGAAGCAGGGUUGGCCAUUUACAGCUGUCUUUUGGAAUAAAACCAAUGGGAAGACAGUACAUCGCUUUGCUUGGUCUACAGACCCUUAGGAUUCACAGUUCAGCACCAGAAGCAUCAUUACCGGAUCAGGAAAUAACAAUUUUCUCUGCUGUGGAUCUUAACUUCCACUCCUACGCCGACAACACCAAGCUCUAUCCAAACCCUCAUCCAUCCAAGCUCAUAGUUGUGGCCCUGAGGCUCUGCUCCAUAAGACUCAGGCCUUCAUUCCUUGACUUUGUGGCAGAAACCCCUGCUAAUGCCUUCAUCACCUCCAGCCUAGAUACUGCAGAUAGAUUACUUUAUUGA